AUGUUCCCAGUUAUUGAUACCUACAAAGGAAUGAAAAACGCAAGCUCACAAAAUGCACAUUUUUGUAACUUUGGGAGGUAAAAAAAACACCCUAUAGAAUAAUCACUUUGAAAAUUUUAAGGUUCAUAACUUUGGUGAGUUUAUAACUUUUCUAUCGAUCUUUAUAGGAAAUCCCGUUUUCCUACUGAACUCCUGAAAUUUCUGAAAAUUUUCAGGUUGCAAUCUUUAGCUACUGCAAACCAUUGUGAAAACAUUUCACGAAAAAAUUCCUCAAAAAUCAUGAAAUAUUCCCUUAUUGAGAUUACGUCCUCAUACAAUCUUCAUUUUUCACACCCGUAUUCCAAACCAAUUUUUCCACUAUACUAAACCCACUUUAAUCCACUCUAAAAAAUCAAUCGGCUGAGAUGUUUUUUUUCGUCUGCAUUCUCAAAACGAACCAAAUAAUGGGUGUGUUUUUUCAAGAUUCCUUUUGUUUUUCAAGAUUUUGUUUCCCCCAACAAACAUUCAAAUAAAUUUCAUCAUUCAUUGUUUUCUUUCUUCCUUUCCUCGUGGUAAAUUAUUUUGGAUGAUGAUCAUUUUUCCACAUGUCUUGUUUUUUUUUUGAAAACAUAGAAAAAAUAUAGUGAAAAUUCAAAUUAUGUUCCAUAAAAUAAAAUAAAAUAACCACUUUGUACUAGGUGCAUUCAUAAAGAGUACGGCAUUGUUUGUUUUGUGAGUUUAUCACUGUUUUUUGUGCUUUUUUUGUGGUGAGAGUGAGCCACUAAAAUAUCAAUAACUUUGUCAAUUUCAUCAAGUGUUUUUUAGUUUCUGAAUUAUUUUCUCUCUGAUUUCAAAACUGUUCAGAUCAUUUAAAUAUAUUGGAAGAAAACUGAAAAAAGAAUGCAAGAUAAAAAAGUUAGGCUAAUUUGAGAAAUUCAUCGAAGGAGUUUUAAUGAAAGCUUCUCAAAAAUUAGUAAAAUAGUACAACACCGUGUAACUUUUAAUUCAAAAAAAUUGCGUAGGUUAAAAAAAUAAUUAUAAAAAUAUGAAGAAAAAACCACACUCUUUAUCAUGUUUUUUUUUCAAAAUACACACCUCGUAAAUCCACACACACUUUGUUUUGUUCUGCGCGCCAAGACCAUUAUAUCAGUCUUUUCCCAAUUUUCAAAUUCAAAUAUUUUUUUUUUCAUUUCUUUUUUUGCUUUUUUCACCUGUUUAUCUUUCACAUUUUUGAUAGGUUAAUAAAUACCCAGCGAAAAAAAUACAAUUAAAAAGCCCAUUAACCUUUUCUAUCCUAGAAAACUAAUCAGAGAGAAACCAGAGACAAAGCAAAUCAAUAUGUAUGUAUGUAACAUAUAUAUUUUUGGUGGUUUGAACUCUUUCGCGGUUCAAAUAUUAUUUGUCUUUUCCAUCUCUUCAAAAAAGAUAGCAUUAUUUUCUCGCACGUGGCGCAUUUGUCCACAAAAACGCACGUGGGACGAAAUUUUCGUCGUCAAAUUUCAUCAUUCAUUGUUUUCUUUCUUCCUUUCCUCGUGGUAAAUUAUUUUGGAUGAUGAUCAUUUUUCCACAUGUCUUGUUUUUUUUUUUGAAAACAUAGAAAAAAUAUAGUGAAAAUGAAAUCUCUUGUUUCAUUUGUCUUUUGGUAUACGAAACACUCUUAUCAUUUUACAUCAUUUAACCGUAUCAUUUGAUCAUUUUUUUCUUUUUCGAUUCAUUUGAUUUUUUCAGAAUGUCGGAACUUGUUAGAACUCUUGUUUUGAAGCCAGAUAUUUCGAAACCAAAAUGGGAUCAAUCUACAUUCGAAGGACGAGCGAGAGUGAGUUUUUUCUUCAGGAAUAAUGAAAUCUGAAUAUUCAUAAAUUUCAGCACUUUUUCGCUGUUACAAAUCCAUUGAAUUUGUUCCACGGUGAAAAACAAUUGGAAAACUUCCGCAAAAUCGUAGACAAUUACCAAAAGGGAAAUGUUAGCGACACUUUAACAUUGGCACAAUUAUGGAAAGCUAAAACAGUCGCUGAUUCAGCAUUCCACCCAGUAACCGGAGAAAAAAUGAUGUUAAUCGGAAGAAUGUCAGCUCAAGUUCCGAUGAAUAUGGUGAUUACUGGUGGAAUGAUCACAUUUUAUAAAACACCAGCAGCUGUGAUUUUCUGGCAAUGGUUGAAUCAAAGUUUCAAUGCUGUUGUUAACUAUACAAAUCGAUCUGGAGAUGGCGGAUCAGUUUCACAAUUAUUGUUGUCGUAUUGUGCUGCGACUGGUGGAGCUUUGACUGCUGCACUUGGACUCAAUACUUUGGUGAAGAAAGCGCCACCACUUGUUGGAAGAUUGGUUCCUUUUGUUGCGGUUUGUGUUGCCAAUUCGAUUAAUAUUCCACUUAUGCGCAGAGGGUUGGUUAUUUUUUUGUCAAUUUAUGAAAAGCUCUAGGCCAACUUGAUGUUAGACUUCAAAAAUUACUUUUCAUUUCGACUUGAAGUAUUUUUGAUGAUAUCGGAACUAAUUCUCAUUUUGAAGAAGUAAUAUCCAAAUUCACUUAUAUAUUUGAUGAACUAAAAUUAAAAGAGCGUGAAUUAUGAAUUCCCUUGUUUUGUCGGAACUUAUUUACAUGUAACUGUAACCUGAUUUGCAAAGAGCUAUUUUUAAAAUUUUCAAAUCUUACAUUCUCAAUUAUUCCAGCGAACUUACCGAUGGUAUUGAUAUUGUUGAUGAGAAUGGCCAAGUUGUCGGAAAAUCCCCAGCCGUUGCUCGUAGUGCAAUCAGUCAAGUUAUCAUCUCAAGAAUUGCAAUGGCAACACCAACCUUCGCUUUCAUCCCAAUUGUUGUCAACUCUUUGGAAAAGAUGCCAUUCUUCCAGGUAUUUUCUUAAAUUCCUGUUCCAUUCCAGAACGAAAUUUUUCCAGGCUCGUCCAAGAAUCUUCCUUCCUCUUCAAACUGGAUUAUGCGGUCUUGUUCUUUCGAUCUCAACACCUGUUGGUUGUGCACUUUUCCCACAACAAACUCCAGUAUCUCUCGAUCAACUCGAACCAGCGCUUGCUCAAAAAAUUCGCAAUCUUCCGAAUGCUCCUAGUCAAUUGUAUUGCAACAAAGGAUUGUAG